GUCGAGUUGAACUUGUCAAAUUCUCAUACGCGUCGGUAAUGUGUUAGAAGACGAUCGUUAAUCGUUGCAAUUAUUUGUUUUGUAAAUGUGGUGCAUUCAUGUGAUAAUGAGAAAACACAUUCUAGACUAUAUAAUUAUUAAGUGAUUAAUGUGUUCUAACUCCAGUGCCCAGUUAUAAAUUUGUUUUUUGUAUGUCAUUGGCCCGACAAUAUGGCGGCCCCACGACACAAAUCACAACAGAAAAAUAUAUCUUCGAUAUUUUCGAAGUUACACGGUGCUUUCUCGGACGCUGUUUGUCCUACAAAGCUAGCAACUGACAAGAGAACAUUAGACAAAACAUGGAAAUUAAUGGACAAAGUGGUGAAAUUGUGUCAACAUCAUAAAAUGAAUCUAAAAAACAGUCCACCUUUUAUUCUGGAUAUUUUACCGGAUACAUAUCAACGAUUGCGUGUUAUUUACUCUAAAUAUGAAGAUAAUAUGCAGGCUUUGAACAGUAACGAACAUUUUAAUAUAUUUAUUAUUAAUUUGAUUAGGAAAUGCAAGCAGGCUAUAAAGUUGUUUAAAGAAGGAAAGGAAAAAAUGUUUGAUGAAAAUUCUCACUACAGGCGUAAUUUGACAAAGUUGAGCUUAGUUUUUAGCCACAUGCUAAGUGAAUUGAAGGCUAUGUUUCCGAAUGGGACUUUUGCUGGUGACCAGUUCCGUAUAACGAAGAGUGAUGCUGCAGAAUUCUGGAAAACUAAUUUUGGAAAUAGCACACUGGUUCCAUGGAAAAUAUUUAGAGAAGAGUUGAACAACGUACAUCCAAUAUCGUCAGGUUUGGAGACGAUGGCGUUGAAGACGACCAUAGAUCUCACAUGCAACGAUUUUAUAUCUAAUUUCGAGUUCGACGUAUUUACACGAUUAUUCCAGCCAUGGAGUACGUUGCUUAGAAAUUGGCAGUUGCUGGCUGUAACUCACCCGGGAUACGUGGCAUUCCUGACUUACGAUGAAGUCAAAGCUCGUUUACAAAAAUAUAUACAUAAGGCUGGCAGUUAUGUGUUUAGGUUAUCGUGUACACGCCUCGGACAAUGGGCGAUAGGUUACGUUACGGUGGACGGUGAAAUUCUUCAGACAAUUCCGCAAAAUAAGAGUUUGGUGCAAGCUCUCCUCGACGGAUACAGAGAAGGAUUCUAUUUAUACCCUGAUGGUCGAGAUGUGAAUCCCGAUUUGAGCAGCGCCAUCAUAUCACCUACCGAAGACCACAUCACCGUAACACAGGAACAAUACGAAUUAUAUUGUGAAAUGGGAAGCACAUUCCAACUAUGCAAGAUUUGCGCAGAGAACGACAAAGACAUUAGAAUAGAACCGUGCGGUCAUUUACUCUGUACACCUUGUCUCACAGCCUGGCAAAUUGAUUCUGAGGGUCAGGGGUGUCCAUUUUGUCGUGCGGAGAUUAAAGGCACAGAACAAGUUGUGGUCGAUGCGUUCAUACCGCCACGACCGCCCAACGAUAACAAGAACUCAAACACAAAGACUGCAGUGAAACCGGUAUCUUCUAACUCUUCAGGCUCCUCUGGCUCAUCCGGAUGUAACGGAUCUAGUGUAGAUGUAACAAUUUCAAGCAAUUCAAACGGUUGGUCAUCGAGGAAUACAACUUUCAAUGGACUGACAGACGACAUCGACGAUGCCGAGAGGCGCGAGAGAAAAUCACCGCAUGCUUAGUGUUUGCACGAAAAGUCAUUGCAUCUGACUCCUGCCGAUUUUAAGUCACAUUCUAAUGAAAAUGAGUAUUUUAUAAUGGAAUUAUCGAUUUUCCAUUAUUCGUGAGAUAAAAAGUCGAGAGAUGUGUUACGUGAUAAAGCUGUUUAUCAUAUUUUUGUAUUGACACAUAGUCAACUUGAAUUUAUUUAUUUGAUACUUUAGUGGAGACUUGAAUUUAGUCGUUUGAAUAUUAUUUGAAUAUAAUUUUUGCUGUUGAAAUUUGAAAUCAACGAUUAUGAUGUUAAAUUUUUCUACACAACUGUAU